AUGCCUCUUGGAUUGUCUUUUGUUAAUUUCAUCAAUGCUGCAAUUUGGACUGCCUACUCUUUGAUCUACCAAAUUGAUAUUUACGUCCUUGUAUGCAAUGAUCUUGGAACAUUGGCGUGUGCUUCUCAAAUAAUAGUCAAUGUUUAUUAUCUACUCUACACUCCAACUGUGAAUGCCAUUGAACCUGUGAACGUCGACAUUGAUGUGUGA